CAUAUGUGUGUGUGUGUGUAUGUAUGUGUGAGUGUGUGCGUGUAUGAGUGCGAUUGGGAUUCUGUAGAGACUUUUUUUUAAAAUAUACACACUUCAGCUUCCUCGUCCAUCUAUCGUUUGGAGUAAGAUUAACAUUGAUUUAACCCAUCUGGAUUUUAAAAACGUUUUUGAUGAAGAAUGUCGCUGUCGCUGAUCAAUUCAACACAAUACAGGCAUUAAAUAGUUAUAUUUUAUUAAGUUGCCUUCAUCAGAGUAACGAAUGUUUAUACCAAGUUAUGAGACUUUUCUUAUAUUAACUUGAAACAGAUCUGUUUCCUUCUGAACGGAGAUCUGCUGUUGUGUUGGCACUGGGAACUCAUGAUCGUUGUUUAUUUGUGUUUCAGCAAGAGUUUGUUUGCAUGGAGCUGAACAUCUCUGAAUAGAGUCAUUGACUGUUCUUAGAAAGAGCUGAUCAAGAGCUUAUGUAUCAGAUAUGAACCUAUAAUCUGUAGAAGUGAUCUUAAACAAAGCUGAGAACAAUCGAGGAAAGACAGAAUGCUGAAGACCCUUACUAAAAAACUCAGAAGACACUCUCUAAACGAGAUUCAUCCUUUUCAAUUGAAGAUUUCCUACCAUGGCAGUGAGGAAGGGGGGGAGAGUGAAGACUCAGAAGGCGAAAACCAAGAACUGGCACAGAUUGACAGAGAACGCCGGAGAAACUGUGCCUUGACUCCUUUAGCUACUAGCCAGCAGCACAAUCAGGGCAUUCUUUCUCCCGCCCACUUACGUCGUCUCCGUUUACUCCUGGACCCAAUCUUAGACCAUCAUAGUUCUGAAGAGGAACUGGAGCGCAUCGCAGGAGCCACUGGGGCUGAAGGAGGUCGAAAAUGGCACAGACAUGGAGACAUGAGCAGCACCUCUAGUGACGAGGAGGUGAAGGACCUGUGUGGGCCUAAUGAAUCGUCAACUGGACCUCGCUUGAGCGCCACAUCUCCUAGCCCUAUUCUCUUCAGCUCCUCUCCUCCUCGAGCUCUUAAGCCUUCACACACCCCAGCCCGCCUUCCUGUCCGGCCCAUCAUUCUCAGCCACUUUGAACAACCUUCCAUGCCUUACUGGCGGCACCGGCCUUACACAGGGGAACCAGGUCGCCCCAGCUUGGACCUGGAGAAAAUGCAGCAGAAAAUGCUUCUAAAAAAGAAUUGUGGAGGGAAAACAAGGACUAUCAAAAUUAGGAACUUGAGUGGAGGUCGUCACGCACCCCGAUACUCCUAUGAUCCAUCCAUCUUCACUUUCCGCCCUCUGAGCAAUGCUCCGCCCUGUAGCCCCCUGCUCCCUGCUGAAGAACCUCCAUGUGCUUGAGGGAAAGAACUGGAAACUCGCUGAGACAAAACAUCACACAUUUGUGGACCAAAAAUUCCCAACUUAAAGACAAUGUAUAUUUGCAUUGCUUUUAUUUUGCAGGAUAUUAGUGUGAACAAAGGCCCUGUGAUAAGGCCUGUUGACAAAACAGGAAGUGUGAUCAGGGCCAGAAUGUAGGAGAGGAAUGAGGAGACUGCAACCUUUUGCCUUUAGCUGUCUCAUCCUCUCUAUCUCUCAGGAAACCCACUUAGAACUUAUUAUAAUGACAAGGCCAUGACCACUGCGCUAUCUAUUAAACCAGAACCAAAUGAUUUGGUCUCUCUGAUGUGUUUAUCAGGAGUGAGGAGAGAUUGGUCAGUGGUUUGCAGAUAACGUCUCAUGAUUGGGCCACAUGAUUAUGUUCAGACCAUCGGAUUUGAGAGUAAAAUGUAAGACCACAUUUUUGCAUUUGGUUUAGACAGCAAAAUGUGAUGAGACAAUCAGUUUGAUGCCAGAAUGGGCCUUAAUUCAUUUUUUAUAAAAUAUUUUUUCGGUCUAACAGUGUAAACUGGCAAGCUAACAAUAAGAUAUAAUGACAUCACAGGCCAGAUAUUCCAAGUCAUUGUUCAACUUCAGAUGCUAUGUAAGUCUGACCAUAACAAUGUAUCAGUAAUCAGAGCCGGUAAUCUGAUGUGUAUUCCAAAGUGACUAAAUCUUGACCGAAGAACGGGGUGAAAAAACAUUAUAUUAGAAUCUUUCAACAUCAUAUAUUAAACAUGCGCCUUACUAUGUAGCAUACUCAGUACUAUGUACCUAAAUACAAUGACUUUUACCAUCAAUAUGUAGUUUAUUAAAUAUUUUGACACUGUUUAAACACACCAGGGAUGGAAUCAUAAACACAGUGGCUGCAUUUAAUACUAGUGUACUGCAUACUACAAAAUACACAUUGUAUGCUGUGUACUGUUUAAAAAAUAUAUAAUGUAAAACACGAUACAUUAUAUUUACAACAAAUGUUUGAAAACCGUAUGAUGUUAAUAUUGGAAAAAUAAUUAAAAGUUAGUUUGCAUUAAUUUCUGAAACAAAAUUGUUCUGGUUGAUUAAUCACACUGAAAAUGGAAGAUAAGUCGAACAAUUUACUGUGAGAUACAGUAUUUUCCAGAAAAUGUGCAUAUUGUUCACACUAUACAAACAACAUACAACAGAAAUACUAAGAUGGGUAUGCUAGUAUGCCAUUCCAAACAUAGCCUAUGUGUUAUCCUUCUGAUGUGUAGAAAAUGAAGUACAGAAUGCAACAUGUGAUCUUAAAUAUGGACAGCAGGAAUCCUAUCCAUGCAGUAUAUUGAGGAUUUUGAUAGUGGAUGUUAUGUAUUAGCAGCAAACUUCAAUAUUUUUUACUGAAUGUAAACUGCAGUUGUAACCCAUGUAAGGGUCGAUAAGCUAGGCCAACCAGAGGGUGAACAAUAAGGACAAUUAUUCAUAGUUGUUGCUCAAGUUUCACCUAGGUGUUAAAGUGUAUCUAUGUGAAAUAAAUACAAUAUUUUUUAAAUAUAGUUAUAGGGGCAUAUAGUACAGUACAUGCUUGCAACAUGUCAAAAUUUGUCCUUUUCUGUCUCUAUGCCUCAAAUGAGUAAUGAAUGAAUAAAUAUUUCUUCCGAG